AUGACCGAACAAGAAGAAGUGCAACAACGUGCUCACUUGGUAUGGGAGUAUCCACCUCCUAAUCUUUCUAUCAAAACUCGACCUACUAUACCAACGCAUGCUUUCUGGGACAUUCCAGUGACAUUUGCUCGACGUGAUAUGUUACGAGAAGUUGAGCAUGAUGGAAUACACGACAUUCCCGUUUUGUUAGCUGCUCCAAUGUAUGUUCUUUUAAGAAAACACGAAGAGGAAUUAGAAAAAAAUGGCCCUGAUGGUAGUUUUAUCAGUAAAAUAGAGUUCCCAGCCAGAAUGAAGCCGAGUAGAACCAAGAAUCUAGAUUUCAUUUACGGUAUAUUAAAAGAAGCUCCUAGUUUGCAGAGUGGUGAACGACUUCUUAAUGGCUUACCUACUCGUUUGAUUUUUGAGAUCUUAGCUCUUAUUGUCCAACAAAUGGACUUGAAAUUCAAAAUGAGUGCAAAGCUUACUGAAUUUAUGCUUACAGUCGACUUCGGUGCACCCUAUUUUUGGAAUCCUGAAGCUGGUAAGGAGAACGCAUUUAAGAAGUACAUGGAAGAUAAAAAUCUUGGGGAAGAUGAGUUAAUGGUACGAUUGUCCAAUAAAGUAGCUGACAUUUGGGCUACGGAAUUAGAAAGCACAGAAGAGAAACCCGCUGAAAAACUCCAGCUCCGAUUCAUUUUGACCAACCUGAGCCGUAUUGUAGGAUCAUACUUUCGAGCUCUGAAUAAUCACCUCCCAAAUGAUCGACAUCUACCAAUAAAAGUCAACAAAGACCCCAAUUCUCGUACCAAUUCACAGAUGCAAGUAUUAGGGUUAAAAUUCGGCCGUUUUUUGGCUACUUUAGAUGCCGAUACUUUGAAAAGCACCCUACCAGCAACUGUCAUUAAAAAUUUACUUCUGCUUAAUACACCAGAAGCGUUUAUGUCCAGUCCAAAAGCCUCUGAAUACUUAUUCCAUGACAAAGAAGGCUGUAAUUUUGAAAACCCGGAGUGUGCUUGCCAACAUAAAAAUUAUUGCAAUACGUCUGAGCAUAGUCAGGCUUUCGUAGCCUCUCAUUUAAGUGGCCCAAUCGUUGGUGCCGAAUUACAUAAAGAGUCAUAUUCUAAAGAAAAAAUUAAAACAAUCAAUGUUGCUCUCGUUCUCUGCCUUAAUAUGGAAAUCGAUCCACCCGAUGUCCAAAAAAUCCCCCCUUUUAGUCGUGUUGAAGCAUGGGUUGACCCUGCCGAUGCAGGCUAUCGUGUUGUUGAAAUGAUUGGUAAAAACUUGCAGUCACAAUAUGAACGUUGGCAACCCAAGGGAUGUUAUCGCCAAUGUCUUGACCCUAAUUUGGAAGAGGUUAAGAAAAUUUGUGUUAAUAUGCGUCGAAAUGCUAGAUCAGAUCGCAUUCUUUUUCAUUAUAAUGGUCAUGGCGUACCAAGACCCACAGAAAAUGGCGAGAUCUGGGUGUUUAAUAGGACUUUCACUAAAUAUAUUCCUCUAUCGCUAUUCGAUCUUCAAAGAUGGCUCGGUGGCCCCUCAGUUUACGUCGUCGACUGCCAGAAUGCUGGUCGUGUGCUUAAACUCUACGAUUAUUUUUGCCAACGUCGACAAGCUGAAACCGCAAAUACUGUUGGAGAGAGUUCUAAUUCUGGUGGUCAAAAUCCCGAAGGUGUACAUCACGAACAAAACACUUUCGGUCACGCUUAUACCAGUCACACCAUUGGUUUAAAUCAAAUGGCUGCUUCGGCUGUGGCACCAGCUACAAUGGAGAAUACAAUUAUUCUGUGUGCUUGCGAGGAGAACGAGGAUCUACCCCAGUUGGCUGAACUUCCGGCCGAUCUGUUUACUUCUUGUCUGACGACACCAAUCAAAACGGCUUUGCGGUGGCACUGGAUGAAGUAUAACAAGUAUUUCCCGGGUAGAAUUGAUGAAGCCAUGCUUGACAACAUUCCCGGGAAUCAUGGAAAUCGAAUGACUCUGUUGGGUGAAAUUAAUUGGAUUUUCACUGCAGUCACGGACACCAUUGCCUGGUGCAGUUUCCCAGUGGAUUUAUUUCAGAAACUGUUUCGUCAAGAUCUUCUUGUGGCCAGUUUAUUCAGGAAUUACCUACUGGCUGAAAGACUGAUGCGAUCAUUUGGCUGCCAUCCUCGCUCUUGGCCUAAACUAGCACCAACCCAUGAUCAUCCCAUUUGGGGUGCCUGGGAUCACGCUUUGGAUCUCCUCUUCCAUUACCUUCCACAAGUUCUUAUAGGCACAGAAGGUGCAAUCCCUGCUGAUAUUAUUCUCUUUCAAUAUCGUCAGCAGCAACAGAAUCUCCUUAAUGAACUCCCCUUGGUUCUUGCCCCACCUCCAACAUCAGAUGUUCCAAAAGAACUCUUUGAGCUAACUACCGCUAAGACUCAAGGACUUAUCGCGAAGCUAGCGGCAGUUGAACGACAGGUGGAUUGUGCAAAGGAAAAGAAAAAUGUAAAGGCCUCUGGACGUGCCAUUGCUCCUCCACCGGGCUAUGAAGUGAAUUCCGCUGGUCCUACCACCUCCCGGAGUCGUCACGGUCAUGGGAAAACUGGUGGUGGUUCGCCACGUAGAUCAGCUCGCUUCGUUAUUCAGAAACAUGAUUCUGCUUCUACUGCUGCUAUGGAUACCCAAGAACAACCCGUUGAAAAGGGCGAUCAGGCUACUACAACUGCAUCGACAUCGACAACAGCUCCUGCUCAACCACAUUCCGCUCCAUCCCACUUACCAAGAAGUGGACCAGGUGGCCAUCUCCAUAGCCAUCACCAUGGACAGCAUCAUCAUCAGCAAAAACAGAGCCAUCACGAAUCACGUGAUGACGAACGAGACCCAGAGGAGACGGAAUCCUAUGCCUCUUCCAGUGACGACAUUGACGUCGACGAAGAUGAAUUGGAGGACGAAGAAGACCUUGAAGACGAUCUCGAAAGUGGUGAAGACGGUGAUUAUGAAGAUCUCAGUCAUCGAUCUCAAGAAGAAGUGGGGGGUGAGAGUCCACCUCCAUCCGGCACCCAAGAGGAGCCCCAGCAGCAACCUCCGACCAACGUUAAGGUCUCUAUGCCUGAUAUGCCAAAGAACCUGGCUUUUCUUUCCACCCUGUCAAUCCGAUCUGAUCCCAAUGAUCAGCCAGGAAGUUCCGGUGCUGCUCCUCGUUCACGACCGGUUGUUGGCGCUGCCUCUGUUUUGGCACGAAUCAAUCAAUACCGUCCCUCCCCUAUCAUCGGUCCUGCGCCCCUACCUCUUGUCCAGGGUAUUGAAGUUGACUGUCGUCCAAGCACUUUCUUUACCUCUCAGAUGACCGCAUUUGCUCUAUGGCUCCGCACGUGUGCUAAUGACUCCCAACCAGGUAGUCGAGAGCUUCAAGCUGCCGUACAGUUACCAAUUCUACUUCAGGUUCUCCUCUCCCAGACUCACCGAAUUCGAGCCUUACAACUCCUUUCUGAGUUCCUUGAUCUUGGCUCCUGGGCUGUCGGGCACUGUAUCACUGUAGGGAUUCUUCCCUACAUUGUGCGCCUCUUUCACUCCAAUGUCCUUGAUGUGAAACCGCAGUUGGUUUUCAUUUGGGGCAAAAUUAUUGCCUCGUCACAGAUUGACUUCUCUAGACAUGAGGGUAUUCGUGAAUCGGGCUAUCGGUACUUUGUCAGCUGUUUACAAGAUGCCACUAAUCUUUCUCCCCUUGUCCGAACUAUGGCUGCUUUUGCAUUAGCAAAAAUGUUAGUCAAAGGGGAUACCGGUGAACCGGAUUCUGUUUUUCAGGAUACCUACCAUACUUCAAAGCCCCUGUCGUUUAUCCACGUCGCUGCCGAUGAAAUUGCUCGGGCUACAGCCACUGCAACUGCUGAGGCGGCAAGGGCUGGGCAUGCGUUUGAUCAUCUCAAAGUGUGGCUUCUCUUGGCUUUGGGAAGGGUGUGGAUGAAAUGUGAUGAAGCUAAGUGGUUGGUUUUAAGGCCUGAUGGAAGACGAGUGAUUGAAAUGGUGAUUAUCCCACGACUGAGUGACCCCUAUCCUGUUGUGAGAGCGUCAGCUGUGUUUGCUCUGGGAACACUGAUUGAUCAGAUUGGAAGUCUUGCAAAGAGAAGACUCAAUGUCUUAGAGGUAGAUAUGAUUAGCCAUCAAGUUGGCAUCAACCUUCAACAAUGCUCUCGAGAUCCAUGCCCCUUAGUUCGUUGCGAAGUUGUCGUUGCACUUCGAUCUCUCGUUGAACAAUACGAACAGCGUGUAGUGGAACAAGCGCAUACCUUCUAUCAUAUCAUCGUUCAACGUCUUCCUCCUGCUCCCCAUACACCCGAUUCUACUAUUUCUGCUAACGCAGUCACUAACAUCGUCUCCACAGAGCAUUCGCGAACUCUUUCUCAGGCAGCUGCGGCGGCCCUACUUCGUGGAAUGGCCGAAUUAGGUGGUCGUAUCUCUCGCUCCCGAAGUCACCGUGACCUUCGUCGCAAUUCCACCACUUGCUUUACUGAAUCCUCCUCAACCACUUCCUCUCUGAUGAAGGACGGCUUCACUGUUGAAUCGUCAGAUAGUGCUACUGGUGGUAUUGCUAAUUACACCGUACCCGAAUUCGUUGAAGACUUUGAGCCGACUGUUCAGGGCAAUAUCUUUGCUCAACUCUGGGAUAUGGUUCUAGUGCUUGCGGCUGAUCCUCAUCCGACUGUUAUGAAGUUGGCCAAUGCCAUUUUUCUUCAUAUUCUGGAGGAAGUAAGUAGGGCUUUUUAUAAUGAAAUUCGGGGAUGCAAGGUUGAAUCUCACCGUCUUAGACUUUCACUUAUUGAAACGUAUGAUGUAGCUAGUGAGGUUGUAGUAAUUAAUGGGGUCCUCUACCGUCGUGAAGAGGGUCCUUUAACUUCGAAUGCAGCUGCAGCAUCGCUUGAUGGUGAUCAUCCAGCAGAAAGUCAACCUCAGACACCUGAUGCAUCUUCGGGACCACAGCAACCGUUGCCAGCAUCUACAGCUUCUAUAAACACUCGGAGUAGACACUUUGCAGGCGGUGAAGCUAGUUCUUCUUCAGAAGUUAAACGACGAUUGGAAGUCAAAACGGAGUUCUUUCAAUGGUGCUCACGAUGGUUUAGUCAACCGCUGCUCAAUAAAUACCCGGAAGCCCUCCAGGUUUCUCCGAAUGGCGGCAAUCAAGGUACAAGUAUGGAUCCACCUCACCUUUCACCUAAUCUCAACCCAAAUGACCUUUACUCCCUUGCGGGUAUCUGUAAUGACCCGCGAGCUAAGACAUUCGCUGAAAACCUUCGUAAUUAUAGGCGUCAUGAAGCAUUGAGAGUUUCAGGUCGUCAAAGGUGGCAUGCAAUUGCUAGGAAGGAAAAGUUACCACCUUCAGCUUCGACCUCAUCGACUCAGUACAGCAGUCCCUCGGAGGUGGAAGAGUGUCGAAGAAAUCUGCGAUACAUCGUUCAUCGAGCAUCGCGUACAGCCUCGCCAUUGUCGCCAACACGAAGAAACUGUCGUCAUGGGGCGAGAAUUAAGGAUUCCGGAGUACGCUACUGUUCCAGUUCUGUGUUCCCCCAUCUAAGAGGUGGUCAGGAAGUUGAACACGGUGUAGAAGCUGCUGAAUUUGAUCCCAAAGCUGGAAGCCAUGAUCUUCAAGUGAUUCACGUCUUCAGGGCUGCAAAGACUUCUCUAACGCGGGGUUACGUUUCCACAACUAAAUUUCAUCCUUAUAAGCCUCAUAUGCUAACUGCUGAAGCUUUGGGUGGCUUGGAGGAGUAUUCUGUGACGGUUUAUGAUUAUCAUAGAGCAGACGAAGUUAAGCGUCUGACUCUAAAUGAAACAAUGACUCGGGUUUCAAUGAACCAACUAACUACUCUUGGUGGUGCUCUGGGUGAAGAAAUUAAAAAGCAGAGAGCUCUUCGAGAAAUGUAUGACCUAGCUCAAGUGACAUCUCUCGAAGUGCUGAACUCACUAGAGGAACGUAGCCUCCUUCUUACGGCUUCACGAGAUGGUUGUGUUCGCGUAUGGCAAGACUAUGACUGUAAAAAUGGCGCUGUUCCUAAACUUCUUACCUCUUGGGUGGCAUUGGAAACUCAAGUACCGCUUUCAGGCCCACAGCGAACUGCAGGUGUGGGGCUGGUUACCAGUUGGAAUGACUGUUCUAUGUUUCAUCGAUUGCAUGUGUCUGGUGAUGUCCGCGUUAUUCGCGUGUUUGAUACGGACUACGAGAAAGCAGUUGACGACAUCAGAACCAACUCAACUUGUCCAGUCACCAGAUUGGCUCGAGUUAGUGUGGCUGAAGAUGAUAAUAUCUUCGCUGCUGGAUUUGCAGAUGGACGUGUCAAAGUUUUUGAUGCUCGGCUGAAUCCACGUAACGCAGUUGUAUUCGAGGCAUCUUGCGAUGGAAUUGGCCGUAUAUUGGAUCUAGCAUUUGCUCCAUUCCAAGCCGACAGACGUCUCUACGCGGUAACUAGUUCGGGAGUUGUCGGAACCUGGCAAUUAGAAGCGCCAACUUCAAAUCACAGUUCAUGGCUUCCCAUUACUUCGCAGUUACCCGAUAAUUUUCAAAUGUCCGGUGGUUUAAUUCGAGACGCUCAUCUUCACGUUGAAUUACCUUGCACACGCUCUCAUAUGGUGACUUAUUUAUCCGGUCGGGGAUUCAGCGUUUCACGUCUUGAAGACGGUCAAUUGAUUGCUUCCUACCAACCGGAAACCAAAGCACGGCCUACUGCUGUAGCAAUGCAUCCAUAUGACCUUAUGAUUGCAUUGGGAAUGAGUGAUAUGUCAAUUCACUUGCUGAAGUUCAGGACAAACUGCUAG